AUGGAGAGCAAUAAGCAACAUUUUCGUCAUAUUUUACUUUUUUACUACAGAAAAGGUAAAAAUGCUAUUCAAACCAGAAAGAAAUUAACCGAUAUGUAUGGAAAAGAUGUGUUGACAGUACGUCAGUGCCAGAACUGGUUUGCAAAAUUUCGAUCCGGCAAUUUUGAUGUCGAAGAUACACCACGUUCUGGAAGUGAGAGGUUGAAUUUAUCAAAUUCAACUGUUUAUGACCACUUGAAAGGCCUGGGUUUAACUUCGAAGCUCGAUAUAUGGGUUUCCCAUGUUCUCACGGAGAGAAAUUUGUGUCGUCGCGUUGACAUCUGUGAUUCGCUUCUCAAACGUCACGAAAAUGACCCAUUUUUGAAGCGCAUCAUUACUGGGGACGAAAAAUGGGUUGUAUAUAACAAUGUCCAACGCAAAAGAUCAUGGAGCAAAAAAGAUGAACCGGCUCAAAGCAUUUCCAAAGCCAAUAUCCAUCAAAAAAAGCUGGACAAACUGAAUGAUGCACUUCAACAGAAAAGGUCAGAAUUAAUCAACAGAAAAGGUGUAGUGUUCCACCAAGAUAAUGUGAUACCUCAUAUAAGUUUGGUCUCUCGCCAAAAACUUUUACAGCUUGAAUGGAUUACAAUGCCAUAUCCACCAUAUUUUCCAGAUCUGGUGCAAAAUUUUUUAGACCAUGCCUCUUCUACCCUUGGCAAAGGAGCGCACCCAAGAACUACAUGUGCAAAGAUAAAGCCGAUCAAGGAGGUACGUGCAGGAAUACCGUGA